GUGAGGUGUUAGGAUACAGAAAGUUUGUGCUGUAGGAGACAGACAGAUUUGUGUAUUCCAAAACCUCACGUGCAUGUGAGAGUCCACCAUUGUUUUACAAAGACAACCAAUAAGACACAGUGGUAGAAAUUGCAGCCUAUAGGGCAACUCUGUAUAACAAACAACCAAUCAGAGUUCAUGCUGUAUUCUGCGCACAAAUUUGAAUAUAUGUAAAUGUAACUGCCUCUAAACUACCAAACAAACUAGCAGUUGUAAAAGUGAAAGCGCACACUAAAGGACAAGAUGCAAUCAGCUUGGGUAACCACUGGGCAGAUGAAGCUGCCAAAGCAGCAGCUUUAAAUGACUCCCUGCCUACUUACAAAAUUGCAGCUAUUGACAUGUCGGGUCCAACUAACAUUGACAUAGCUAAACUACAGGAUGCCUGUACAAGAGCUGAAAAAUGGACGUGGAUUGAAAAUGCAUGCACUCUUAAUGAUGACAACAUUUGGCACACACAGGACGGGAAAGUUGUUGCCCCUCAGAGCAUCCUUUCAUUGCUUUGUGAAGUAUACCAUGGCAUUGCACACAAUGGAGAAAGAACAAUGCGGCACAACAUGUCACUUCAUUGGUGGUCUCCCAAAAUGACCAAGACUCUGAAAGAUAAACAAAAGGAGGGGGGGCAAGAAUCGCAGACAUAUGAACCUGGACAAUGGGUUAUGAUAAGAGCCCCUCAUCCUAGAUCUUUCCAACCUCGAUGGCAAGGACCACACCAGGUCUUACUAACCUCUGAGACUGCUCUUCGAGUUACAGGCAUCCCGGUCUGGAUCCACCAAUCCCGGACCAAACCAUGCCCAUCACCCGAAGACCUCAAAAAGCCUGAAGAACUCCCUGCCACGGACGACUGCAGCCUUCACGAAUCAGGUGCAAACGUUCCAAUUUUUUCACAUACUCAACCAAAUUGAGCAUUCAAGUUAUGCUCCCAUCCAACAUGCUGAAUUCAUUUGUAAUUAUAAUCACAGUUUUGAGCCAUGGUGGAGUAAGUGCUGUGGACAAUAACAUUUACAUGCAAUUAGUUCACAUGACAGCCAAACAUGCAAAUAAGACUGGCUGCUAUGUCUGUGGAUUAAUACCACAUUCUGUCGCACUUGGUGUUCCAAUGAUGUCCGUACCUAUCGCCUCCAAGUAUAACACUGCAGAUAGCGAUAGCAAAAGUGAACUUGUUACCAGACCUAAACAUAUAUGUGAUCCUGAACCCAUUAACAUUGCUCUGUCUCUUGGCCCAUAUCUGUGGUGCCUCAAACAAAAUGGCUCUAUUUAUGUUGGAGAGACCCUGGACUGCAAUACGGUUAUUAACUACCAUGAUAAACCUGUACAAAACCACACAGCUAUGGGAGUCUAUUGGGUUUGUGGGAACAAUGCCUAUUCUGAGUUGCCUAAUUCAUGGUCUGGUAUCUGCGCCUUAGGACAUUUGGUCCCGGCCAUGAGAAUUACAUCUAUUCUACCGGACCGAGUCAGAUAUGAAAGAUCAACUGACGUCUUUGGAACUCACCAUCAGUCUGUUUGGAACAGAGCACUUGGUGCUCUCAUUCCUACUUAUGGGGUUAUGUCCACUCUAGAUCAAAUUGGCGACCUCUCCAAAGAGGUAGAGCUUUUGGCCAAUAGCACGGCAUUAGGUCUAGGCAAAAUUUCAGAGGAAUUGACAGCUGUCAGAGUGAUGGCUCUACAGAACAGAGCUGCAUUAGAUUAUAUCCUCUCAGCUCAGGGUGGGACAUGUAAAAUAAUUGGCAUCGAAUGCUGUUCCUAUAUUCCCGAUAAUCAGGAUGACCUGAAACGUGUGAUCUCAAAAAUCAAUAAUGUUUCCCGGUCCGCACAUGAAAUAUCACCUACAACACCUGGUUUUCUUGAAUGGUUAUCGAGCUAUUUGGGUGACCUUGGCAAAAUUGUAGUUGAAUACAUUUUUCUGAUUAUACUGGGAUUAACUGUACUGGCAUUGAUAAUUAAAGGUGUGAAAUUAAUUUUCGUACAGUUAAUCUGUGGUAAAACUAAUGAGCAAACCACACAAGUUGUUCACUAUACAAAGACUCCGACAGCAUACAUAAUAUAGAACCAAGUUGUAAUAACUUGGGAGUACUUGAUAAUGCCCUCACAUGGUAUUCUGUUUUCUUCCUCAUAUGCCGGAGAGGACACUCCCAUGACACCACACCGGCGCCGAGGACACCACCCCUCCAAGACCAUGUUGCUGCAAACCAGGAGUAAAUUGCAAGAAAUCCCACCAAGCCUUGAAUCGAGCCUUCCCUACCAAACCAAUGUCACUAUCCAUCCAGCCAGCAACAGAAGGACUUUUUUCUUUACAAGUUAUGUUCUUGGAGUACAUCUCGUUCGCCCGUAAGGGGGACGUGAGGGAAUUUUGCCUGAAGUUUUCCUAACACAGGUUUUUGACAGGUUUUCGCCCUCACCCUGAACAAUGACUAAAUAAAUGUAACUGUAAAAUUGACUUAACCAUGAGAUUCAUGUUGUGUCAAAAGGAGGGACUGUUAGGAUACAGAAAGUUUGUGCUGUAGGAGACAGACAGAUUUGUGUAUUCCAAAACCUCACGUGCAUGUGAGAGUCCGCCAUUGUUUUACAAAGACAACCAAUAAGACACAGUGGUAGAAAUUGCAGCCUAUAGGGCAACUCUGUAUAACAAACAACCAAUCAGAGUUCAUGCUGUAUUCUGCGCACAAAUUUGAAUAUAUGUAAAUGUAACUGUAUAAACUCCACAAACUCUAACAGUUGAAUUGAACAUUUUUGUGUGAAUCCCUGUUGCUGGCUUUCUGUAUAAUAAAUGCUUCCUGAUUUUUAAACACUAA